CGAGCUUCCCCAAUUCAAGGUAAAUAAUCUUUUUUAUAUUACUAGGAUUGUUUGGAGCGAGGUCCCGCUUCAUUUAGUUACCGUCGUAGUGCGUUUGAUAUGUAGGUACAACCCGGGAUUGCGGUUGUGCUUUUUGUGAGACUUACACCACAACACCUCCAUAUUUCUUCUCCAGACUCUUCAUUCUUUCCUCUAUCUGCCUCUUGUGUUGUUUAGCUCGUUCGCGGAGGAGCAGAGUAUGUACCGGACGUAGUCGAGUCAACGCGAAGAAGAUUGUAAACAUUCGUUUAUCUGUUUGACAACAGGCCAGCCACUGUGCCACUCUGCGCAUUCGUUUGACAACUUUGGGCACUGGUCCUCUUUGCAUUCGCUAAUUACCUAGUACUCAUUCCAAUCUCGAACUCCUGAGGUCAUUCGUUACUCGACCGUCGUUUCGACUCAAGCUUCCGAGCGAUCAUACAACUGCAAGGGAUUCGACAAAGAGUUCUACAACUAUUCUAGUUGUCUUAUCCGCAUUGCUUUGGUAUCGUCCCUUCUGAACCAUUGCCAUGCGUUCUUCCACACUGUUAGCGCUCACUGGCGCCACUCUAUCAUACGCAUUACCGACAAUCGAGGCAGUUGGCGGCAAGUUCUUCACGAGCGAUGGUGACCAGUUUUUCAUAAAGGGAGUUGCUUAUCAGCUCACCGAGAAGGAUCCGUUGGUUGAUACCGAGCAAUGUACUCGAGAUGCUUCGCUCAUGAAGAAGCUAGGUGCCAACACUAUCCGUGUCUACCAUGUCGAUGCGAAUGAGGACCACUCCGGUUGUAUGUCGGCUUUCUCCGACGCCGGCAUCUACACCUUGGUAGAUAUGGAUACCUUCGAUACCUACAUCUUACCUAACGAUCCUUGGUGGAACCAAACGCAAUUUGACAGCUACUCGAAGGUCAUGGACACAUUUCAGCAGUAUGACAACCUUCUAGGUUUAUUCGUGGGCAAUGAGAUCAUUGCUAUUAACAACCAGUCGAACGCUGCCCCCUUCAUCAAAUCUGCUUGCCGGGAUCUGAAGGCAUACAGAGAUUCCAAGGGCUAUCGCAAAAUCCCAAUUGGAUAUUCCGCAACGGAUAUUGCGGAACUUCGACCAUGGCUGCAGGACUACCUCACGUGCGGAGGGAACGCAUCAGAGAACAUCGACUUCUAUGGCCUCAACUCGUACCAAUGGUGUGAUCCUACCGACUACCAGACUUCCGGAUACGCCAAUCUCGAGUCACAGGCCAAGGACUUCCCUGUCCCUAUUUUCUUUUCGGAGACCGGAUGCAACAAGCCCGGUCCACGACUAUUCGACGACCAAGAUGCUAUCUUCGGGGAUGAGAUGGUGAAUGAUUGGAGCGGAGCUAUCGUGUAUGAAUGGAUUGAGGAGGCUAAUAAUUAUGGUCUUAUUUCGUAUGGUCCUAAGGUCGAUGCAACUGCUACAGGCUCGAACAUCGUUGGAGGCUACACGGUUGCAGGCACUCCGACCCCUGUCUCGCCCGACUUCGACAACCUCAGCAAGCACUGGGCGACACUCACUCCGAAGGGAGUUGCUAAGUCCAACUACGAUACGACGUCAGUUUCGACACGUGCGUGCCCGACGUCAACGGCUAGUGGAUGGCUUGUCAAUGGCAAUGUCGCUCUCCCAAGCUUGGGAGAAACCUUAACUGGUAGCUAUUCUUCAGUGCCUAGUGCUACCGGCACGGCCGCUAGCCCUAGCGCAUCAGAGACGAAGAACUCCGUCUCUGGAUCCAAGGAGGUUGCUGGUAUGGGCGCAGGUCUUGUGGGUGUGAUGAUGGUGUUCACUGUCUGGUUUUGAUCCCACCAUGAGUCAGGAGGAUCACAACUUUCUUUUCUACCCCAGGCGGUUUACGCCGUUACGAUUCGAGAAACGUUGGAGGUUUAUGCCGGUUUUUCCCGUCGACCACCUAAUUCUUCCUUUCGACUACACCGCCCGGGAACUUCAUUAGAGCACCUGUAAGGCAUCGUAUACGGCGUUUAUUGCCUUUCGUCGGAUGGCUCUAGUGCCAUCGCCUAAUGAUUGACGUCCAUCACGGACGUUCGUACAUACUUGGAUGAGAGACCUCAAGAGAUGACCGAAGAGAAAAUGAUUCGGCUUGCAUAUGAAGAGAACGCGUUAAGGAUACUCGGGCAGACGACGGUAAUGAUUGUCAUGAAGCAACAAUUCCAUAGAUAGGGAACUUGGGAUUCUCUCACAAAUAAAGAAAACGCCGUUGGCAAUAACACCCGAAUUUGACUUCAACUAGCAAUUAUAACGUGAUUAAAAAUGACUUUUACU